GCUUGAUGUUCUGUCCGAGUAUGAAUCCGUACGUAUUGAUAUUUGCAGAGGGGCUGUGAUAUCGUCUAUUGGCAGUCAAACGCAAGACACCAUGGCCCAAGCUGCACAAUUCGUGAAUGAAAUUAGUGUUCCACUUCGGGUUGAACACGACAAAAAACGACGGCAAUUCACAAUCAGGCUAAACGGUUCUCAUGAUCGGGCCGUUCUGCUGUAUGCAUAUGUGGGGAAGAAGACUGUGGACCUGCAACACACUGAGGUUCCCGAUGCCUUCAGAGGGAGAGGGAUUGCCAAACAUCUGGCAAAGGCAGCAAUGGAUUUUGUGGUGGAGGAAGACUUGAAGGCCCACCUCACCUGCUGGUACAUCCAGAAGUAUGUGAAAGAGAACCCCCACCCACAUUACCUGGAGCGCAUCAUCCACUGAGAUGGGGACCUAAACGGGGGGGAAGGAAUACAAUGUGGGGUGGGGCGGCUGGGUUGGGGGUGGAAGGGGAUGGAGGAGUGUGAGUGAGUGUUACAAGCAGGGAUGCUGAAGGGGGCGGACAAAGGGGUCAGUUGUCCCAGGCCAAAUUGGGUCGGGGGACCCUUUCAGACUUUGUCCUGGGCCUCACCAAAGCUGUCAGUGGCCCUGGCUACCACACCCUUGUCCACCUUGACUUUCUGGGUGAGUGUGUGUGUCUAUUGGUGGGUGGGGUGGGAUCAUGAUGGGGACAAAAUAUGUGAGCCAGAGCGUGACUUUCCAUCCCUACACACCAUACCAGGAUGGAGGCAGCAAAAUGGUGGUUGUUGUCCGUUAAGAACCUUAUUCCCCUUGCUGCAUCAACGAGGAUGACAUACAUAGGAACUACAUGGUGUGGUGAGUGUCGACAGGGGAGCCAACAGAGUGGGAAAGGCUAGAAUGAUUCCAAGGGCCCGGCACUGACAGGAGGCCCUUGGAACCCAACUGAUUUACAGUGUAUAUCAGUGUAAAUCGGGCAGCGCCUCUGGGGUGAAUAACACCCGAACAACACCUGCAUCACUAUCACCAUCAUCAUGACUUUCACCAGCCUCUUCUACCACCCUCUGUCUCUCAGGAUUAUAACGAGGUAAAGGACCUCUCGUCAGACAAGUGAGGGGUCUGUUCUGUCUGUUAUCGUGUCACAUUACUAGAUGACUGUUGAUAAAGUGUUGUGAGUGACGGCUUCUUCUCUGGUCAGAUCACUGUCAGGUCUAACAUGGCUGAUGGCCUUGAGUUACACAAUUGUGGAUUUCUCAUGUUACAGACAGUAAAGUUUUUGGGGUCAAGGUCAUUUGGGAGAAUCACCAACAGGGACCCAGAAAGGUCUCAAUUGCCUAAAAUGUUUUAUGUUCAGGCUGUGUGUUGUGAUGCACAUCUUCAUCAGUGCAAGGAAUAUGAGCAACUGCAUACAAGAAAGGCAUCAUCCUCUGAUAUGAAAAGGCUAUUUUCUACCAGUUUCAUCACAUAAUGACUUUUACAGCAUAUAAGUCAUUUGAUGAUCUCGAAUUUCUAGAUGAUCUCUCGUGACAUUAUCAGGGCCUUUUGUGGAGUCUGUGCCUGGACUCUUACUUUGACAAUCCAGACUGUCUACUUCAGGACAUUAAUCUUCAGGACUGACUUUUGUAUAAUGUCAAAAUGCUUUUCACUGCAUGUAGUGUCCGGUGUAGUUCUGCUAGAAUUUUGUGUACAAACACUGCGUGUGUGUGUGUGUGUGUGUGUGUGUGCGUGCGUGUGCGUGUGUGCGCGUGCACGUGCGUUCAGGGCUCUAAAUUAACACCCACAAACUGGCCAAAUGCUGGUGUAUAUAAAAGAAAAUGUAUUAGCCAGUUGGACUGGCAGUGAGGUUAAUAUUAAGCUUACUAGUAAAAUUGGCUAGUGAUGGACAAAAGUUAAUUUAUAGCCCUGCGCCAGUCUACCAGAUGUAUUUCUGAUAAAGUGUGUAUGAGGGUUUAUCGCACAGUGAAUGACAGGGUGCCAGUGCUUAACUUUGUUUCUCUUGAGAAGAACCUUUUAUUUCAUUGUUCCAAAGCAAGUGUGCCUCUUAACGUGUGUGUGUGUGUGUGUGUGUGUGUGUGUGUGCGUGCAUCCUCUGUACAAUUGGAUGACUCUUCAUGUGCAUGUGCUGUCUAUUGGGCGGAUAUGGCAUUAUGUUAAAGAGACUAUGAAUGCCGUGAAGUGUUUUUUUUUUCAGUUCACUGUUUUUCUUUUUCUUUCUUCUUGUUGUGGUUGGGAACUCUGGCAAAAGCAGCGCAGAUGUCACUGACAGGCGCGUUUGGUGUCGUACGUAAAUCACAUAAGAGCAACACACACUUGCUGUUUGAAUAUUAGACUGACAUGCACAACAUGAAAGCCCAGCCGUGUGCAUUUGUUAACAGCUGCCAUCCUCUGCCAGCACUCUGGUGGUCUAUGGACCUACAGAAGUCAUGACGGGCAGUGAGGCAUGGGAAGGGGAAACUGCUUGAGAUUCUAAAUGUUUAACCUUUAUGUACUUUUUAAAAAAUAAAUAUAUAUGUUGAAGUUUGGUUGUGAUGAAUGUUAUUUUGGUGUUUUUUUUAUUGAAGGGGUUUUGUGUCUGUGAAAUCUUUUGUUUCACAAUUACCCAUACAAUUACUCACCCCCACCCCUCCUGGAUUUACAUACCUGAUUUGGUUUUAUGUUGGAUGGGCAUAGCUAAACUCCCUCCAUGGUAUAGACCUGGAUGGGUGACACCAAGGUCAAAACGCGAAGGCAAGGCAAAAGAAAAUAAAUCUAAAAGCUGCUCAGGGUGUAAAUGUUAAGGGAAAAAUAAAAUUUGAUAAACAAUUGUGUGGUGACAUACGUUUUAAUUGGUGUUCGCCUUCCAAAAUAAAAGUAGACUAAGCAGGCC